AUGGCGCCCGCAGCUGGAGGAAAGAAGCAAAAGAAGAAGUGGUCCAAGGGCAAGGUCAAGGACAAGGCCCAGCACGCCGUCAUCCUCGACAAGACCACCUCUGAGAAGCUCUACAAGGAUGUCCAGUCCUACCGCCUGGUCACCGUUGCCACACUCGUCGACCGCAUGAAGAUCAACGGCUCCCUGGCCCGCCAGGCCCUUGCCGACCUCGAGGAGAAGGGCAUCAUCAAGCCCGUUGUCACCCACAGCAAGAUGAAGGUUUACACUCGCGCCGUUGGCUCCUCUUAA